AUAAAAAGAAGAAGUAAGUCGAUAUAAUAAUAACCUAAAUUAUUUAUUUAGGAAAUAAGAUGCCUUUUAUGAUAGGUAGAGCUCCUAUUAGGAGAACAAUUAAAUAUUUAGAAGCAGGAAGGUUGGUUUUAAAAGAUAAGAUAAAAAUAGUUACUGUAAAUUACAAUACACAUGGUAAAGAACAUAAUGGAACCAAGGAGUUUGUUUUUUGGUAUUUGCCACAAAUUCAAUACAAGAAUCGUGACGUGCAGAUCACUACGUUGAAAAAUAUGACCCCAACACCUUUUAUAAGAUGUUUUUAUGAUACUGGAGAACAGAUGUUAAUAGAUACAUUCGAUCGUACUAAAGAAGAUAUUUACGAACAUCUUAUUAAUAUUGUAGGAAAACCUAAGGAUGUUUUGGCAGCCGAAAGUAUGGUUAAAGAAAAGGAAGACAAUCCUGCUAACUUUGGAAAAGGAUACGAUAAACAUUGCAUUUGUGAAAUACCUGGUCAAGUACCUUGUCCCGGUACUUGCCCUCUACCUAAACACUGGAGAGGAAAAUACAAAUAUAAUAAAAUUGUGGAAUAAUUUAUUUUACAGUUUAUUGUAGAUUUAAAAUUAUAUUUUAUAUUAAAGUA